AAGGGUGGAAGGCAGGAAGUUCUGGCUACCCGGGGCUGCCCAGGGGCCCGGCAACAGGAAGCCCUGGGCGGGGAGGAAGCCCUGGAGGCCACGGGCCCCAGAUGCAGCAGGCGGCUGUCAGCAGGAGGCUCCGCGGGCGUAGCCGGCCCAGCACUCUGGGCUGCGCGGGGCACCGCACCGCGCCUGCCUAGGGGAGGCUGGCUGAAGCCCCGCCCCGUGGCCCCUGAGCCACAUGGCCUUCCUGGGCCCCAGGACACCUGCCCCCAAGCCGUCGCCAGGCAGGAAGACAGUCAUGUGCUGGGUCAGUGCCACCAGCUUCAUGGCGGCCGAGGAGAUGCACUGGCCCGUCCCCAUGAAGGCCAUUGGUGCUCAGAACUUGCUGACCAUGCCUGGGGGUGUGGCCAAGGCUGGCUACCUGCACAAGAAGGGCGGCACCCAGCUGCAGCUGCUCAAGUGGCCCCUGCGCUUCGUCAUCAUCCACAAGCGCUGCAUCUACUACUUCAAGAGCAGCACGUCUGCCUCCCCGCAGGGCGCCUUCUCGCUGAGUGGCUACAACCGGGUGAUGCGGGCAGCUGAGGAGACGACGUCCAGCAACGUCUUCCCCUUCAAGAUCGUCCACAUCAGCAAGAAGCACCGCACGUGGUUCUUCUCUGCCUCCUCUGAGGACGAGCGCAAGAGCUGGAUGACCUUGCUGCGCAGGGAGAUUGGCCACUUCCAUGAGAAGAAGGAGCUGCCUCUGGAUGCCAGCGACUCCAGCUCGGACACAGACAGCUUCUACGGUGCCAUUGAGCGGCCCGUGGACAUCAGCCUCUCUCCGUACCCCACGGACAAUGAAGACUACGAGCACGACGAUGAGGACGACUCUUACAUGGAACCCGACUGCCCCGAGUCCGGGAAGCCCGAGGAUGCCCUGAUCCACCCACCGGCCUACCCCCCACCUCCGGUGCCCACGCCCAGGAAGCCCGUCUUCUCUGAUGUGCCCCGGGCCCACUCCUUUUCCUCCAAGGGUCCAGGCCCUCUGCUGCCACCUGCACCCCCUAAGCGCAGCCUCCCCGAUGCCGGCCCGGCCCCCGAGGACUCCAGGAGGGAGCUGCUGGGCCCGAGGUGGCUCGAGCCCGGCCCCAGGGUGCCCGCCCCCUCCCGGAGGGUGAGUGAACCCCCACCGGGCGGCCUGCCCGCCGUGCCCAGCCGGAAGCCACCUUGCUUCCGCGAGGACGCCAGCUCCGGCCCAGAGCCCCGGGUCCCUGGCCACGGCGCCAGCUCUUCCUCUAGCUCUGCCAGCGCAGCUGCUACCACCUCCAGGAACUGUGACAAGCUCAAGUCCUUCCACCUGUCCCCUCGGGGGCCACCCACACCUGAGCCCCCUCCCGUGCCGGCCAACAAGCCCAAGUUCUUGAAGGUGGCUGAAGUGGCCCCCCCAAGGGAGGCAGCCAAGCCCGGACUCUUCGUGCCCGCCGUGGCCCCCCGGCCUCCCGCACUGAAGCUGCCCACGCCCGAGGCCACAGCCCGGCCCGCGAUCCUGCCCAGGCCAGAAAAACCGCCCCUCCCCCACCUCCAGAGAUCACCCCCCGACGGGCAGAGCUUCAGGAGCUUCUCCUUUGAAAAACCCCGGAAACCCGCGCAGGCUGACACGCCGCAGGCGGACGCUGGCGGGGAGGACUCUGAUGAGGACUACGAGAAGGUGCCACUGCCCAGCUCCGUUUUCAUCAACACCACGGAAUCUUGUGAAGUGGAAAGGCUGUUCAAAGCCACGAGCCCCCGGGGAGAGCCCCUGGACGGCCUCUACUGCAUCCGGAACUCCUCCACCAAGGCGGGGAAGGUUCUGGUCGUGUGGGACGAAACCUCCAGCAAAGUGAGGAACUACCGCAUCUUUGAGAAGCUCAGGGGGCUGGCCGGCCCCUCUGACCCUGCCCCACUCCCCACCCAGGAGGCGAAGUUCUACCUGGAGGGCGAGGUCCUGUUUGUGAGCGUGGGCAGCCUGGUGGAGCAUUACCACACUCACGUGCUGCCUGGCCACCAGAGCCUGCUGCUGCGGCACCCCUACGGUUACGCCAGGCCCAGGUGACGCCUGUGCUUGCACGCUACUGGGCAGAGACGGCCACGGGGCCACAGCCCUGGGCCACGCAGAAGGAGACCGGCCUGCACGGGAGAACACGCGGGAGCCAGCACCGUGCUCUGACCCGGGGCCUCCCCGGUGGACACCUCACAGAGAUUGCCAGGCCAGGCCCCGCCCAGCAGGCUGGGUCCCCCGGGGCUCGGCCAGGCCCUGGGCUCCAGGGAAUUGUGUGGGGCUCUCCUGUCUCACCCCGCCCACCUCCCAGGAGCCUAGGACUGAGCCCAGUCUGGACUUGAUUUACAGAAAUUCUGGUACCCCCCGGCACGCCCCCCCGGCACUGGGCUGGGAGCUGGGCAGGGCUGAGGUAUUUGGGGUUGGGCAGGGGCUGGACCCCCAGGAACGCUACAACACAGGCUCCGAGAGGGGCCGGUGCCUCACAAUAAAGCACAGAUGACCUUUGCCCCGGUGGCCAGGGCUGCACUGGGAAGGGGGCACAUCAGCCUCCAAGUGUUGACUGUAGCAGGUCAGCUCACGGGACCUCUAGGAGGUGGUCUUGUUUUCUAGGCCACAGGGCGCUAAAUGACUUACCCUUGGGUCCACAGCUGGUAACAGAACAGGACCCAAAAAGUUGGACAAUCUGGCCCCAGAGCCUGUAUCCAGAAUGCCAGGUUCUGCUGCCAGAAGUCAGGUCCAGGGCAGUGAGGCUACAGAGCUAAGAGGCCCCUCACAUCAGUAACCGGGUCAUUCGUUGGCUUAACCAGUGGUUACUGGGAGACAACCGGGCAGAAGGUACGCACAGCGCCCACCGUCCGUGGCAGCGGGGUGUGCAGGGGCUGGGAGCUUGCAACGCAGCUGGGGGCUCCAGGAAGACUUCCUGGAGGAAGUGAUGGUUACAGUGCUGCAGGAAGAGUAGGCCCUGUGUCGGCCAGGGGUGGGUGGGGACAGUGGUACCCAGAUGCCCAAGUCGUCUGGUUCAUGCCUGGUGCAGGCCCAGCACCGAUCAUCCCCUUGCUUCCUGUCACGGAAUCCCAGCAGCCUGCUCUCCCUGGCGUGGCCAUCCAGGCUGGAAUGUUUUCUUUUCCUCAUAAAAACAGACUCAACUGGGUGUCAGGGCUGCCAGGGAACCCAGGGUCAUUUGCUCCUCACUGCACUUUGUGUUGGGAUGAGGAAUUCGCGAUGUAGAAGCCAAGCCACAAGAGCCUAUGUGCCCACUAGCCAUUGAUUAAUGGUCCCAGAGGAAGGCCCUUUGGACGUCCCUUCCUCUGCCCUGGGCAUGUCCCGGGGUGAGGUCGUUGGAGGAGGAGAGAGAAGUCCAGUCAGAUGGGAGGCUCCUGGAGGUGCAGCAGGGAAGACAGCAGCCGUCUCCUCCCAGGAACCGAGUGUCCAGCACCACCUCUACAGAUGUUUCUUCUUCAGGCACCCAGUGGAGUUGGGGAAACCGGAGCCCCUGGUGUUCCUUCCGCAGCAUCUGUGGGAAACCAGCAGUUCCUCCUUCCUGCAGUUGCAGUCCACUGCCCUGAGCCCAAGUGACGCACACCAGUCCCCACUGUGGCUUGCAGUUUCCCUUUCUGUGAAAUCAGAGAAGCAUUUCCAGCAGUUUCUGGGGUCUGCUGUGCUGCUGAUUGCUGUAGGACACAUGACACUAAUGCUUUUAGCUGACACGCGGCCACUUGGCAGCCAGCUCAUACUUGAAGACCCCUGAACUGCAAGGUUGGGGGGUUCUGGUGUCCAGAGCCAGGUGAUAGGUCCUUCUGGCCACCUGGACAGAUGAGACCUGUCGCUACUAGAGGCCCACCCCAGAGCCCAGCCCAGGGCCUGACGGGACAGCUGCCCUCCUCUGAGUUCACACCCCAGGCCCAGGGCCUCGGUUGCUAGAGUGUGUGUGUGGAGGGUAGUGGAUGGGGCCCCAGGCACGGUCCUCCAGCACACAGGAGGGGCUGGAAGGGGUCCCACUCCCCCGAGACUUGCCAUGAAUGUUCUAUUCCUCACGUAGGGCUGGAGGGUGGUUACCACUGGCUGAGCACUUCCUGUACUCAAGGUGCUGAGCUGCACACUUGACUUAGGUGUAAUAGCAGCUGCCCUCCAGGCGAACUGUUUUACAGGUGAGAAAACCCAGGCUCAGGGAGGCCUGGAUUCCAGACACAGCCCUGCAAUCUGUCCUUCGCUGCUGAGCCCAGACCCUGGCCCCCGCCUAGCUCCCUGCCACCCGCGUGGCCUCGGACAGUCAUUUUAGGGUGUCUGGUUAGCCUGCCUCCCGGGGUUCUGGGCAUGCCUUCACCCAGCGAGGGGGCCACAGCUCGGGGUGGGGGGGACAAGGCUGACCUGCCUCACUGUUCUGUCCUCCCAGCCGCAGUCUGUGGGUAAACUGAUGGGGGCCCCACCCGAGGUGCUGUGCUGCUCCCUCACCUUACAGAUAGGGAAACUGAGGCUCAGAGAGGCUUCGCUGACCUGCCCAUCCUGAUGGUGAGUCCAGAGAUGGUUCAAUUCCUGUGCCAGGGAAGAGGGCCCUGGACGCUUUGGGAAGCUUCUCCAAGCUGAGCCCUGAACAUGGUUGUACUUUUCCUGCAGUUCAUCGGAAGGAGUGCAGUGAGCCUCUGUACCUUCUGUUCAUAGAGUUUUAUUGUCAACAGAUGUUUUUAGAACCAGAAGAGACCUCACAAAACAAGCCAGGGUUGCUCCAGUCCCCACGCCAAUUCUGGGUCACAUUGCAUGGAUGCCCCCUGCUGGUCUGAGGGGGAACUUCUGGCACCCCAGGCUGAGCACCAGAGGCCUGGGCCCAAGGGGCUUCUCGUCCCGCUGGGCUGCACUGGGCUGGCCUCUGCAGGGCAUGGCAUAGAGGACAGCAAGGCCACCCGAGGAAUAUCAGGCAGAGCUGGCCCUUGAACCAAAUCUGUGUGUCUCUAGAGAGGCAGUGAGGGGCAGGCCGCAGCCUGUCUCUGCCUGUGACUCAGAAGCAGGGAGCCCCUGGCUGGGCAACCUGCACACACACAGGGCCCCCCUGUCUGUGCCCCGGAGAUGGUUGCUAGUGGCCAUCCCGCAUCAAGCCACCAGCACUCUCUCGGGAGGGAGAGUUGUGGGAUGCAAAGCAGACCUGACCCAUCUGCCUCCCUCAGACUGCUCCUCAGAAACUGCAGAGGCUGCCUGACAGCUGCCCCUGCAUCGCCCUCCAGCUGCAUCCCUGGUCGCGCUCUGAGCUACUCAGAGCUGAGGCACCUCCUUUCUCCUUUCAUUUCCGGUGGAAUGAAACACAUCCAGAAAAGUGAACAGAACACAAAUGUACAGCGUAACAAAUUGCUAUGAAGUGAACCAGGCCCCGUGUGCCCUCCCCAGCUCAGCGCCACCCCCUUCCUCUCUCACAACCCCUGCCCUCGCUUUGGGGAGGCUCACAUUCCUGUUUUGCUAUGAAGGCUUCAUCCAUCACGGUGCUUUCCUGUUUUCGGACGUUAUGUGAAUGGAAUCAUACAGAUGCAACCUUUGGCGUCUGGCUUCUGCUCGUUACAUCUUUGAGA